GCACGCCGCGGCCUCGAGCACGCCGCCGCUCUCGUCGCAGUAAACGCGGCCGCUCCGGUUGGCCUUGGGGGCGGGGCUGUAGAGGAACUUGCCAAAGCCGCAGAGUGAAGUGAGAAUUCUACUAGAGAGGAGAUGGCUGCCUCUUCAUCAUCCUCCUCAGCCGGUGGGGUCAGUGGAAGUUCUGUCACUGGAUCUGGUUUCAGUGUCUCAGACCUUGCCCCACCACGGAAAGCCCUUUUCACCUACCCCAAAGGAGCUGGAGAGAUGUUAGAAGAUGGCUCUGAGAGAUUCCUCUGUGAAUCCGUUUUCAGCUAUCAAGUGGCAUCUACGCUUAAACAGGUGAAACAUGAUCAGCAAGUUGCUCGGAUGGAAAAACUAGCUGGUCUGGUAGAAGAGCUGGAGGCAGAUGAGUGGCGAUUUAAACCCAUCGAGCAGCUGCUGGGGUUCACACCCUCUUCAAGUUGACCUUGCCUGGACAGUCACCUCUGGGGCACAGCAAGUGCAGGUGCAGUGAGGAAAUUUUCUUACAGCUUACAUAGCCAUCCAGAGAUUCACAGCUCCAUCACUGAAUUGUUAAUUCACAUCCAUACUUGGUUUCUCUGUAUCCAACCACAAGCAACAAAUACUUAAAUGUGUGAUCUUACAAGGAAAUUUUUUGUU